AUGUCAUUAAGGGAGAACUUCUUUGCUGUGUGGGAGCUGGCUGCCGAAUGUAAGAGUGCAGGCUACCCCGGGACUUUGAUCCCCUACAGAUGUGACCUGUCAAAUGAGGAGGACAUCCUCUCCAUGUUCUCGGCCGUCCGCUCUCAGCACCAUGGUGUGGAUAUCUGCAUCAACAAUGCGGGCAUGGCCCGGCCCGACACCCUGCUUUCGGGCAGCACCAGCGGAUGGAAGGACAUGUUCAAUGUGAAUGUCCUGGCCCUCAGCAUCUGCACUCGGGAAGCUUAUCAGUCCAUGAAGGAGCGGAAUGUGGACGACGGGCACAUCAUUAACAUCAACAGCAUGUGUGGCCACCGAGUCCCACCCCAGUCUGUCAUCCAUUUCUAUAGUGCGACCAAGUAUGCCGUCACUGCAUUGACAGAGGGACUAAGGCAAGAGCUUCUGGAGGCCCAGACCCAUAUCCGGGCCACGUGUAUCUCUCCAGGCUUGGUGGAAACACGGUUUGCCUUCAAACUCCAUGACAAGGACCCUGAGAGAGCAGCUGCCACCUACGAAGACAUAAAGUGUCUCAGACCGGAGGAUGUGGCCGAGGCUGUCAUCUACGUCCUCAGCACCCCCCCACAUGUUCAGGUUGGAGACAUCCAGAUGAGGCCCACAGAGCAGGUGACCUAGUGUUCUGUGGGGAGCUCCUGACUUCCCCACCCUUCAUGGCUUGCCUCCUGCCUCUGGAUUUUAGGUGUUGAUUUCUGGACCCUGGAUCUUACUUUCUGUAUCCACUCCACUAGGGAUAGGAAAUUUGUGGAAUUAUUCCUGUUUAUACAUGUGAACAAAUGGGCUGGGGAGAGAAGGCACGGUCGUGACCAUUUUAUCUGCUGACCUGUUCUGAGUCCCCUGUUGGACUCCAUAGCCUUUGCUCUCCUCAGCCUCUUCCUUUUGACCUGGGCAAGGGAAUGUGGCCAAAAGGGGCACUGUCUAUCUUCUUGCACCCUACCCUCUGCCUCUUAGGGUUGGGGUGGCAGAGACAGGCCUCAUCUUUUACCUGUAUAGGCCCCCUUCCCCACUCCCCCACCUCUCCAGCCCAAUUUUAGCUCUUAUACUGGGGUCAUCACUGCACUCUGACCAUGGCCACAGAAUACUAGGCCUGUCUCCCAGCUUACUGUAACAAUUAAAGAGAAAGAUCACAACCUA